CUCUUGGUUGCAACUUUGUCGGUCCUGCGACGACAAGCACACUCCGACUCCCCCCAAAGAGCCCACACGGCAUCUAGGGAGCGUCACGGUGCGCUCCCAACAACACCCAUCGCACCCAGUUCCCACGAAAUCGCCACAAUGAGCGUCCAUCCUUCCGAGGGCGAGGCGUCGCACCACUCGCACGACACGGUCAGGCGGAUCGUCAAGCGGCUGCCUGUUGUCGGUGCAUGGUUACUGCUAUUGAUCCCAACGGCGCUGUUCAUCGGCUCGGUGUCGGUACACGAGGUCCUGCUUGACCGCCAUGAGAUCGGCCGCUUCCUCUGCCAAGUCAUCAUCUGCAGCGCUCUCCUCUUCAUGUCCAUCAUGUCGUUCAUCGUCGCGUGCUCUCGCCGCCCAAUAAGACCCGACAAGUCGCUCGCGCCACCUGGAGCCCGCCCCCUGAAGCCUGAUGAGGGAGCUGUGCGGCCGCAGCACCGCCGACAGCGUGAUGGGCGCAUCAUCCCGCGGAUCACCAUCACGGACGCAAGCGUUGGCGACGACGACGAUAUCCCGCUGCGGCUGCUGCGGCCGGCGCCGGCACCGCGUCGCUCCCCGCCAUCGUACUCCCCGCAGCCGAUCGCCGAGGAGGAUGACAACACCAAGACGCAAAACGAAGAGGCCAGAGGGGAAGAGUACCGGGACGACGAGGACGAUGCCAGCGAGGACCGCGCGCUCCUGGGCAAGGAGGAAGAGGAGAACGUUGGCAUGGCCGUCGGCCAGCCCAUCAUGGCCAAACUCGGCACUGGCGGCCACCGCUGGUGCCGCAAGUGCGAUGCCUGGAAGCCGGACCGCUGCCACCACUGCCGUGCUUGCGGCCAGUGUGUUCUGAAGAUGGACCAUCAUUGCCCAUGGCUUGACAACUGUGUCGGGUACCACAACUACAAAGCGUUCAUGCUGUUUGUCACUUACGCGGCGUUGCUGGCUGGAUACGGUGCGAGUCAAGCGGGCUUUGAAGCGUACCACUUCUUCAACGAUCCCGGCGCGGUGAGGCCUGGCCCUCAUGCUGCGGCGGAGAUGGACGAGACUUGGGAGGUGCGCAUCAGCUUCCUUCCUGUGCUUCACUUGCUGCUGGCUGUUGUCGGUGGCACGCUCGGCCUCGCGGUGGGAGUUCUUGCUGCGUACCACUGGUAUCUCGUGUUGAACAACCGAUCUACUCUGGAAGACUUCUUCCGAAACGUUCCCACCGCUUUACUGGAUCCCGAGACGCGCGGCGUAGUCGAAGAACUCGGUGCCCGAGGAUCGCGCUACCGAACGCCUGGAGCGUGGCGACCGGACCACAUUCUCACCCGGCCCGAACGCACUCGUCUCCGACGUGAAGCACGGGCGAUCAAUGUGUUUGACAUGGGAUGGCGCUACAACCUGCGAUCGGUCAUGCUGGGUGAUGCUGUUGCGUCGACGACUCCAGGGUCGUGGCGCCAGAUCGUGGGCGACGUGGCGACAGCUGCGUGGCCGCUGGCAAGGCCGAAGAUGAGGGCUGCUACCGGCGGGCACUACUUUGAGUAUGACAAGGACGGACUGGAGCGCCUGAAGACUGUGACCACCGAGCUGCGGCUUGGGUUGGAGCCUGGCUCGAUGCCGCCAGCCUCUGACCACUCGACCCCGCGCCGGCCCGCGCCUCAAGUGCCCGGCUAUCAUGUCGAGCGCAACAAUGGCAAUCAAUGGACGAUAGGCGAGUCGGAGAGCGAGAGCGAUGGCGAGUGAGCAUUGCACGCGGCAUGCGGCUUGGCCGCCACUCCUUGUAUAGACACACACACACAUUCACCCCACAUAUGAACAUUGACAUGGUGCAUGAUUCGCGCGUGAGAAGGGCAGGCAUGGUGGAGCACCGCCCACCAACGAUCAUUGUCGACGCGUCCGCUUUCUUAUCUGUGUGUCGGAGGAUAACUCUUAAAC